AUGCGUUGGGACUUGUCGUUCAUUGGUUAUUCAACCGCAAACUAUGCUCUCUCAGAAGUUCGCGAUCCCGUGAAGACAAUCAAACGUGCUGCGCCAAUAACCAUGAUUGCCGUCACUGCGAUAUAUCUCUUCUCUAAUAUUGGUUAUUUCGCCGUGGUAUCCAAAGGAGAUAUCCUUGGGAGUAAGCGCAUAGUUGCUGCGCUCUUUUCCGAAAAUUUAUUUGGGGAAGCAGCAGAACGAACUUUAAGUGCGUUCGUUCUCAACCAUGGGCAACCUUCUCGCACGCCAAUUCGGUGCUGGCCCUGA